CCGAAUUUCCUGCGUGAAAGCCGGAUAUCCGGCUCCGGUGGCCGCCAUGUCGGGGCGGAAGCGGCCGCCGCUCCGGCUCCUGGGUCUCCAUGGCUACGGCCAGAACCAGCGCAGCUUCCACGAGCGGACCGGGGCGCUGCGCAAAGCGCUGCGGGGCCGCGCGGAGCUGGUGAGCGUGAGCGCGCCCCACGCGGUCCCGGGGCCCGAGCCCGAGCCCGGUAACGCGGCGGGGCGGGGCGGGAACCGGCUCCCCGGCUGGGGGCUUCUCGGGCCGGGCGGCCCCGGAGCCCGCUGUUCUCUUUCCCCGCAGGACGCCGAUCCCCGCUGCUGGUGGCUCCCCAGGCCUCGGGAGGAGACGCUCGGUGCUCGGGAGGAAGCUGCCUCUUGCGCGGGGCUGGAGGAGUCCCUGGAAGCGGUGGCCGGGGCCUUCGCGGCCCACGGGCCCUUUGACGGGCUGCUGGGCUUCAGCCAGGGCGCGGCGCUGGCGGCCCUUCUGUGCGCCCGGAAGCAGCGCGGAGACGCGCGUUUCCCCUUCGAGUUCGCCAUCGUGGUUGCCGGCUUCGAGAGCCGCGCGGCCCCGCCCAGCUACUGCCAGGAGCCCAUCGCCGUGCCCACGCUCCAUGUGCUGGGGGAGGCGGACCGGGUCAUCCCCCCAGCCCUGAGCAGAGAGCUGGCGGCCCACUUCGUUGAUCCGGCAAUCCUUACCCAUCCCGGGGGACACUUUGUUCCUGCCUCUGCACCCCAGAAGAGAGCCUAUCUUGAGUUUUUGGCCAAGUUUUUGAAAUAAAAGAGGAGGGACCCGCUUUGGGUAUGGCGGGAGGAGACUAAAGGAGCUCUGUUUACUUAGGUGACCCACGAGAAAGUUUGAGGGGAUGCGAUCAGCCCACCAGUACCUACUGGGGGAGAAGAUUUCUGAUGAGCAGAGAGCUCUUUAAUCUAGCAGAUAAACUCUAAUAAGAUCCAGUGAUUAGAAGCUGAAGCCAGACAAAUGCACAUUAGAAAUAAGGCACAUUUUUAACACAUUAACAACCAUUGGACCAUUUUACCUAGGGAUGUGGCGGAUUCUCUGGCACAUGGAAUCUAAAUCAAUACUAGAUGGCUUUAUAAAAGAUACCCUUGAAGUUACGGGUUUGAUGCAGGAAUCACUGGUUGAAAUUCGAUGUUUUGUGUUAUGCUGGAGGACAAAUUAAAUGAUCAUACUAUUUCUGGUGUUAAAAAUCUACAACUCUUAUCAUGGGUCUUGUAGCACAGAAGAUGUGAGGACAGGUGGAGUUUGGUUACAGGAGAUGCAUGUUUGGGGAUAUAAUAAAUGGAACUCCAGUUGA